GCCAGGUUGGACGGGGCUUGGAGCAAGCUGGGCUGGUGGGAGGUGUCCCUGACCAGGGCAGGGGGUGCCACUGGAUGAUCUUUAAGGUCCCUUCCAACUCUAACCAUUCUGUGAUUCUGUGAUCCCCCCCCCAGGUAUUGCAUCCGCCCGGGUGUUGCGUCCCCCCUCGGGUACCGAACCCCCCCGGGGGACAUUGCUGUCCCCGCAGCUUCCCCAGCACUGCAUCCCCUCCCUCCCCCCGGGCUCCCCGUCCCGACAGGGCGGUGCGUCCCUCCAGGUUGCCCCGGUGUCGAAAGCGAAACCGAAAGAAGGCGGGUCAGGCCACGCCGGGCGGCGGGGCAGCGCCGCGGAGCCCCCGCGGGAGCCCUGAGCCCCCCGGCCCGGCCUGGCCCCGGUUCCGCCGUCUCUCUCCCAUGGCCCGGCCGCUGCUGCCGCUGCUCUGCGGUACCUUCGCCCUCCUGCUGCCCUGGACCGCCGCCGACGCCGCACCAGCGCGAUGCAGCCACCCCAAGGACGUAGCCAACGCGCACAUCGAUGUGGGCAACAACACACUGCUCAACGCCCGCCUGCGCUACACCUGCAACCCGGGCUACAAACGCAAAGCCGGUACCUCCAGCCUCAUCCAGUGCAUCCUCCGCGACGGCUCCACCGAGCCCGACUGGACCCACACCACGCUGCAAUGCAUCCGGGACCCAGCUCUACCUCCGCUGACUCCCAGCCCCGAGCUCCCGACCGCGCCACGCACCGCGAGGACGACCCAGAGCGGAACCAAUGACGCCAGCCCAACCUCCAGACCCUUUCCAGCAGCAAUGCCUACGCUGCCAGGAGCUGCUGGCCAGUCACCCGUGCCACCCGUACCUGAUGGGCCAUCACUGGAGACGUCCAUGUUGCCGAAGAUGCCCCCACCACUGGAGACAUCCACACCUGGAGAGGGGACAGCCCAGGGGACAUUUCUGGGGACAACCCUGCUGCCCACUGCCCCCAGGGACCACGCCGCAGUUUCCGUCCGGACCCUGGCCUCUUCCAUUGGGCUCGUGGUGCUGGUGGUCGCUGCUGUCGUGGCCUGCUGCUGCUGGAGGAUGAAAACGCACGCAGAGCAGGACAACACAGUGACAGCCAUCCCCAUGGUGGCUACCGCUGCUGAGGAGAUGUUGCUACCCACUGUCUCCCCCACGGGCUGAGCACCCACCGCUGGGCAACUCAGUGCACCCGCCAUCCCAGGGGAUGCUCGGAGCUUGGACGGGAAGUCGGACGCUUCCCUGAGCGGUGGCAGCAUGUGGCAGAGCACAUCCUGGUCCCCAGCCGCCCUCCACACGGAGCAUGCUCGUCCCAGGGACACGCAGCCACUCUUCCCAGCCCGAACAAGUGACUCUCGGGGUGAGACUACUCCAGCGCCUGAAGCCGUUUGCCGGUGAACCUGCAACAGCAGCAAACGGCGCCGGCGUCGUUCCACUGCGGUUGCAGGGGUUGGCCCUCGUACGCAGCUCAGGGAUCCUUCGGACGCACUUUCGGCACCGACCCCAGGUGCCUGCCAGCUCCGGCCACUCGCAGGGGACCACGAGCAGGAGCGAUUUCACUAUAGACACUACCAAAGACCGAAGGCACGACCUAGGAAGUAUUUUCCUUUGCGGUUUUUCCCUUCUCUGUCUCUCAUAAGCUUUUUUUUUUUUCUACUCGUUCCUCCCUUGCUCCAGAAGAGGCAGCUUGAUACUGAUGCUGGUUUAUGGAUAAAUGUGUAUAUAUUGUAUAUAAAAUAAUGCGCACACAGGCGUUGAUUUUUUGUCAGCAGCUGCGAUGGUGGAGAGGACAGUGGGGACGGCGGGGAGCUGGGUUGGGGUGAAAUCCAUCUCUGCAGCAACAAGGGCUCGUGGGCCACCAGUAUUGCCGUGCUCUAGAGGCAAAGGGUGACCCCAAGGUGGCAGCUGCCAUCGCUCAGCUGGAUGGCAAAAGGGUGUUUAGCAGUCAGCUGGAAACCAGCAGGUAUCUAACAACUUAACUUCCACCUCCUCUCCUCGCUGCUUUGUCUUGUCCUCCUGUUUGGGCCACUGAUCCGGACCAUCGGAGCUGGAGGAGGCACCGCUUUGGACGUGUGAUGGACCAAACCGUCCAGCAGCAGCACUGCCCCUCCCCAACGUACUGUGGGAUGCGUGGAAAACAGGUGAGGCUGGAAGGGAUCGCUGGAGGUUCCUGGUCCAAGGUCUGCGCCAAGCUUUGCUGUUACAUCCAACAUCCAAGUCUUGGGUGAACUUCUACGCGUGCUUAGGUGAGUGGAACAUCUGGAGCCAGUGCUUCGAAAGUGAAAGAAGAGCCAGCGAAGCAGCUGCCAUUCAAUGAAUGACCAUGGAAAUCAACAGGAUGCACGAGCUUCCUCCAGCAGGCAUGGCUCAUGGCUCUGGGACCAUGUCCAAGACUGAAAUCGGUUUUGGUUUUGAUCUCUACAUGACAUGGGCUCUGCUACAACGAUCCAGCUCAAGUGCAUCUACACGAAUGCACGUAGCAUGGGCAACAAACGGGAUGAGCUGGAAGCCAUUGUGCAGCAGGACAGCUAUGAUGUAGUUGCCAUCACGGAAACGUGGUGGGAUGACUGUCACGGCUGGAAUGCUGCGGUGGAUGGCUAUAAGCUCUUCAGAAGGGACAGGCAAGGAAGGAGAGGCGGGGUUGUGGCUCUGUACAUUAGGGAAUGCUUUGAUUGUAUAGAGCUAGAUUCCAGUGAUGGUAAAGUCGAGUCUUUAUGGGUAAGGUUGAAGGGGAAGGGAAAUACGGGAGAUGUUGUGCUGGGAGUAUGCUAUAGACCACCCGGCCAGGAUGAGGAGACGGAUGAAGUCUUCUAUAAGCGGCUGGCUGACGUCUCGCAAUCGCCAGC